AUGGUGCGUAUGAAAAUGGUGUUUUACGUGAGAGCUUAUCCAGAUACUGGCUCUAAGCUCAUCAUUGUUGGUGAUACUCAAGAGUUAGGAGCUGGAGAUCCGGAAAAAGCUCCCGAAUUCGAAGAGAUCGCCGGCACAUACAACUACAAGUUAGUUGUGUCAUUCGUACGUUCACCAUGCGAAAAAACUUACCGAUAUGCAAUCAAAAACCCAGACGGAUUAAUCAUCUACGAAGAAAUUCCUCCACGAACAAUUCCAAAAUUCAAAACAGCACUUGUCGUACGCGAAGGCUAUAACACAAAGCCUCCUAGCAGCAUGUUCAUUGCUAGAUUCAGAGUUGCAGCCCAAGAUGCUUUAACGGAUCAAAUGUUCUUAAUUGGCGAUGCUCCAGAAUUAGGUUGCUGGGAGCGCUCAAAUUCCUUACAACUAUUUCCAGCUGAUCAAGGGUAUUUCUCUGUCUCGGUUCCAUUCAAAGUUGCGAAAAAGCCGAUCGAAUUAAGAUAUAAAAUCUUCACUCAAGAAAGUGAGGACGACAUUACAUGGGACUCAAAUGGUGAGUACACCUACAAGAUUGCUCCCCAAAAAGAUGGCCGCCAUAUCAAUAUUAAGAAUAUCUCAUGUUGGGGCUUCAAACCAGAGAUGGAAAGCGAUGAUGACAACGAGACAACGAGCCUCAAGGAGAAGAGGAAGCUGAAAUCUGAAUCUACAGAACCUCUUCCUGAAGAAAAUACAAAGAAAAGGAGGAGGAAAAAGAAAGACGAAGAAGAACAGCCAAAAGAGAAACCAGCCAAAGAGAAAACCGUCAAGAAAUCGAAAUCUUCCGAAUCUACUAAAGAAACUCCGAAGAAAAAGAAAUCCAAAUCUUCUUCGAACGAAGACAUCAAGAAAGCAGCUACCAAGAAGUCCGACGAGCUCUCCACCGGCAAUGAAGAAGAGGAAGACAACAAUCGCCCCGAAAAAGUCGUUCCUUCCGGCUCAAAGAAUAAUUUGAGAGAUGAAGACAUGCAUGUCGGAGAAAUUAGCGAUGACAUGCUUUACGAGACUGACACUGAAACAGAGUCAGAAGAACAACUCAACAACAAUUCUGCGGCAGUUCAGAAAAUUUUCGCUCAUCGCGUUGUAAAUGACGAACAGACAGAAUACUUCGUUAAAUUCUUCAACAAAUCAUACAAAGCGUGCCAAUGGGUACCGAAAGAACAAGUUUUCAGUACAAAACAUGGCGAAAAACUUGCAAAAAGAUAUCAUAAAGAACAUCCGAAAGAAGCACCACCAUUACCAUACUUCAAUCCUAUCUUUGAGACACCAGAGAAGAUUGUUGGCUCUCACGAGAAGGAUGGUGUCACUUAUUAUCUUACAAAAUGGACAAAACUCGACUACGACCAAAAUACAUGGGAAACAGCCGAAUCCCUUGGCUCACCAGAACUCAUUUCCCAGUUUGAAGCCAACAACAAGAUUCCUCCGAUGCAAGAUAGAUUCAUUCCUCCGAAACCAUCUCCAGAAGAGUACAAACCCAUUGAAGACUUCCCACAAUCGAAGUCCGGCUACACAAUCCGUCCUUACCAGAUCGAAGGCGUUUGUUUUUUAGUCAAAUCAUGGUUCAACAACCAAAACGCCAUUUUAGCCGAUGAAAUGGGCCUUGGCAAGACUCUCCAGUCCAUCUCCUUCCUCUACUAUCUCCAUCGCGUUCAAAAAGUAUGGGGACCAUUCUUAAUUAUCUGUCCAUUGUCAACAAUCGAACAAUGGGAGCGCGAAAUCAAAGAAUGGACCACAAUGAAAGUUGCUUGUUACUCAGGCAUCAAACCACGACGUGAUCAAAUGGCCGAAUACGAGUUAUUCUUUUCGGAAACACCAAUUCCGAAAUUCCACAUUUUACUGACGACAUAUGAAUACAUCAUCAGUGACAGGAAUAUCUUCAACUCUAUAGAAUGGCAAGUAAUCUGUAUUGAUGAAGCACAUCGUCUCAAAAACACGAAUUCAAAACUGAUGCAAGCUUUGAAAGAUUACCACACACAAUACAAAUUACUUUUGACAGGAACACCAUUACAAAACAAUAUCACUGAGCUUUGGUCAUUGUUAAACUAUCUCGAUGAAGAAAAGUUUAAUGACAUCGAAGCCUUUCAAGCACAAUUCGGAAAACUAGAAGAACACGAGCAAAUCACUGAAUUGCAAGGAAUUUUGAAACCGUUGAUGUUGAGAAGAAUGAAAAGUGACGUUGAAAAAGGCAUCAAACCAUUGGAAGAAGUCAUUAUAGAGUGUGCGAUGACGCAACACCAGAAGUUGUAUUAUCAAAGUAUAUAUCAAAAGAACACGGAAUAUUUAACAAGAGGCGCACACAAGAACAAUUCAACGAAUUUAAAUAAUAUUUUCAUGGAAUUAAGAAAAGUUUGUAAUCAUCCUUACUUGUUGAAUGGCGCUGAAGAACAGAUUCUCAUAGAAAGAAGAGAUAUGAGUAAAAUACCUGCAAAUGAACCACUUCCCGAUGGAUUUGUCGAAGAAUCAUUGAUAAGAAGUUCUGGAAAAAUGAUUUUACUUGACAAAUUAUUGGCAAAACUGAAAAAUGACGGCCACAGAGUAUUGAUUUUCAGUCAGAUGACUCGCAUGCUUGAUAUUUUACAGGAUUACUUGUAUAACAGAGGUUACGAGUAUGAAAGAAUUGAUGGAACAAUCAGAGGUGAUGAACGACAAAAAGCAAUUGAUAGAUAUAAUAAACCGAAUUCACCUAUUUUUGUUUUCCUUCUUUGUACACAUGCCGGCGGUUUGGGAAUUAACUUGACAUCAGCAGAUACUGUUAUUAUUUAUGACUCUGAUUGGAAUCCACAGAAUGAUAUCCAAGCAACAGCAAGAUGCCACAGAAUUGGUCAGACAAAAGAAGUCAAAGUUUAUAGAUUCAUUACUGCAAACAGUUAUGAACGAAAGAUGUUUGAUAGAGCAUCAUAUAAACUUGGCUUGGAUCACGCAGUUCUAGAAGGAACAGGAAAGCAACAAAUGAAAACAGAAGAUAUAGAAAAACUUCUGAGAUUAGGUGCGUAUUACGCAUUUGAAAAAGAUGAUAAAACAGAUGCAGAAAAAUUUGGUGAAGAAGAUAUUGAUUCCAUUAUCAACAGAUCCACAAAAAUCAAACACACAAAUAUUGGUGCGGGUGAUGGAUCAACAUUUAGUAAAGCUAAAUUCGAAGUUGAUGAUGAAAAUGAAGAUGUAGAUAUCUCUGAUCCCAAUUUUUGGCAGAAAUAUUUGCCUGUUGUCGUUGAAGAUGAUAUUUACGAUGAUAUGACAAUCGCUGAAAGAAGAAGAUUCAAGAGAGAAGUGGAAGGAGAAACAGGAAAGAUACCUGCACCGGAAUUCCCGCUAAGACCAAUCGAGAAAAGAGGAACUCUCGAUUUCUAUUGGUCCCAUAAAAAACUCGAUACAUUAGUCAUCAAUUUGAUGAGAUUCGGAUGGGGAAGAUGGAGAAUUAUCUAUGAAAAUUGCGGUUUUUCAUGCGAAAUCUCCGAAAUCAAAGCUGUUUCUCAUGUCGUGAUCAGUUGGUUAUGCGAAGCAUUUCCAAAUCAAAGCCAAAUCCUUGAAGCUAUUUACAGAUCAGGUAUUUCUCCAGAAACAGAAGUUUUCGAGGAGAAAUUCAACAGAAAGAGAAGAGAUGAUUUCGAACCAAAUCUGAUCAAAGAAAACUCAAAUUGGAGAGUUUCUCGCUUAGAAUUCCUUCAUUUCUUGAAUUCUGCUGUUCAAGGUUGUUCAAAUGCCCCUGAUGACUUGAUUGUUCCAAAUGUUAUUGGUUCUAAACCUGCAGAAUGGUGGACAUCCGCUGACGACAAACUCCUCUUGCACGGUGUCUAUUUGCAUGGAUUUGGAAACAAUGAAAAACUCAAGUUCUCAAGAUCAGAUGGUAUAAACCAAAAAGUUUUGACAUCGAGAUUAAAAUCAAUCAUCAACGGUCUUAAGAACAAUUAUAUCAGAUAUAAAGAGGAAAAUGGUGUAGAAAUUCCUUUCAACUACCAAACUCUUUCAAAGAUAUUCGAUACUCUCUCAAAGAGAGACCACAAAACAAUUAUUUUCAUGCUACAAAAUUACGGUUUUGUAAAUCAUGAAGAAUUCAGAGAAAUUUGCGGUUUGACAAACAAAUCAUUGAAUUUAGUCAGUGAUUAUGUUGACAAAUUAGUUAAUUACUGCCAUGAAUUAGAAGAAUGGCGCAAAGAGAAGAAAGCAGAAGCAGAAUCAAACCAAACACCAGCAAUCACUGCCUCUCAAUCCAUUGACAUUCUCCAGAACAACGAACUAAAAACAACAAUUUCAAUCGAAAACAAAAACAAUACAAAUAAUGAAGAAAAUAAACCUCCAAAAAGUGACGAAAAACCACGAAAAAGUGACGAAAAACCGCCAAAAACAGAAGAAAAUAAACCAAAGGGAGAAGAAAAAGAAGAGAAAGAUGAAGAAGAAAGAGAAGAUCCACCAUGGAUUUUAGAGAAAUUGAUGGUUAAUACAGGUGUCAGAAUCAUUCAAAGAAUUGAUUUAUUUGACAAAGUCAGAGAAAAGUGUGAUGAUCCAAAAUUCACAGGCACAGACAAAGAAAUCCUCCAAUUUGUUGCAGAACAUGGUUUAGUUGAUAUCAACGACAACGCAAGAAUGAAGGAAAUCUUCGAAGGAGAUCCAAGUGAAGGAAAAGUUGUCAAGAAACUGAAAGAUUUAGUUAAAACACCACAUGAAAGGAAACCAAGAAUUUCAGGUCACGAAGCCAAUUUAGAUGGAAAACUUGUUAUUGUUCCUAAUUACGAAGUUGAUGACAAAGGAAAUCCAAUUUUCCCAAUCAAUCUUUCUCCUUCUUCCCGAUUGAUUUCUCUUGGAAAAGUUGUUUACGACAGACCUAAUUUCCACAACGCGAGAUAUCUCUACACAGAUGGUUUCUGCUCCGAGAAAUUAUACAUCUCCGCUGUCAAUCCUUCACAAAGAGUUUGGUAUCGAUCAGAGAUCUUAGACAGAGGCGGCGAAUUCCCUUAUUUCAAAGUCUCUUUAGUUGAUCAACCAGAUAUUUACUGGGAAGGAAAUGCUCCAUCGAAUCCAUGGAUCUGCAUCAUCAGACAGAUCGAAGCGAAGAAGAGAUCGAACAGGGCAUUGACAAUAUCAGGUCCAGACUACUUCUGUCUGACACAUCCAAUAACUAUUUCUCUGAUGCAGAAACUAGAAAACGCCGACAAAUGCGACAAAUACGUCAAACGUCGGUUGGAAGAAGAUCCAAAUGCAAUUGAAUCAUUGCAACAACAGCAACUUUCUGAAGCAUCAAUGAUCUCUCCAAUCAUCAAAGUUGCAAGAGAAAGAUCAGCUAAAAGAGCUAAAAAGAGUUACGCAGAAGAUGAAGGAGAAGAUGAGAAUGAAGGAGAUGAAUUCAACGAAUCAGACUCAGACCAAGUUACAUUGGCAACAAAGAAAUCACCAAAGAAGAAACCAGGAUCAGCGAAGAAACAGUUGACAUUUAAUUUCCAAGGAUUGUUGAAUGCGCAAACAAACAUUCAACCAUCAUUUAACUUCAAACAACCACAGCCAUUCAUACUUCCAAAUGCAUUGAAUCAGCAGCAACAACCACAGCCACAACAGCAACAAUCUAAUUUUGAGAUAUACUUGAGACAAGUCAAACAAGCAUUUCCACAAUUAGAUCCAUCGAUUCAGAUGCAACAAGCAGCGAAUUUCCAGCAACAACAAGCAAUGAUUCAACAGCAACAGGCAUUGCAACAACAAGCAAUGCAACAACAGGCAAUUCAACAACAAAUGAUGCAACAACAACAGUAA